CAUCCAUUUUCUGUACCGCUCUCUCCCCACGGGGGUCGCAGGCGUGCUGGAGCCUAUCCCAGCCGUCAUCAGGCAGUAGGCGGGGGACACCCUGAACCGGUUGCCAGCCAAUCGCAAGGCACACAGAGACAAACAACCAUUUGCACUCACACUCAUACCUAGGGACAAUUUGGAGUCUUCAAUCGGCCUACCAAGCAUGUUUUUGGGAUGUGGGAGGAAACCGGAGUGCCCGGAGGAAACCCACGCGGGCCCAGGGAGAACAUGCAAACUCCACACAGGGAGGGCUGGAGGUGGAAUCGAACCCGCACCCUCCUAACUGUGAGGCGGACGCGCUACCCAGUGCGUCACCGAGCCGCCCCUUUCUAAAACAAAGUAAAGAAAAAAAAGAUCCACACUCUAUUCCAGAAGAUGGCGGUAAUGCACCUAAGGUUGUUUGCUACCGCUACAAAACAAGAAGAAGACAUUACCCACUCUACAACUAGCACUUGAAAAUAAUUGCCGUGUCAAAAUUCACAGGCUGAAUGUUGUUGUAACGUCGGUGUGUGUUGUGAUCUCGCAACAUGAACAACGUGGCUUCAUUUGUGUUGAUUUGGAGUCACGUCACCUCUGCCGACACCAGGAAGUAACCGUUGCGCAUCAGACUUUGCAGGAACCCCGCUUGGGAUCUCAACAGCAAACCAUUGUUCUUACAAUAAGAUUUUCUUGUUUUAUUUUCAUUGUUCGGGAGCUUUCAUUGAGGAGCGAUCUCGUCGACGAGCGAUCACGCCGAGGCUUCUUCCCUGUCGGGAAGUCGCCGAGCCACCAAACAUCGGAGCCUUCCAGCGCCAUCGGCUCCGCGGCCGGCGUUGGAUUUUGCUCCAGCGACUCCAGACCCGUGGCCCCGCUGGGGUUCCUCCCGGCGCCAUCAGACUCGCGGCCGCAUUAGGGUCCCACUCCAGCGUUGCCGGAUUCGCGGCCGUCGCCGGACUUCGAGCCAGAAACGCUGGACCCGCGGCCGUUGCCGGACUUCGUCCCAGCAACGCCGGACCUGCGGACGUCGGCGGACUGCGUGCCAGCAACGCCGGACCCGCGGCCUUCACCGGACCUCUACCCACCUGCGCCGGACCAGCGAUCAUCCCCUCAGGAGCCCAGCUACCACCUGGCCCAGUAGGCAAACGCCAUCAGCCCCACGAGGACACCCACCAUCGGGCCUAGUAGGCUAACACCACCAGCCCAGGAGGAGAGCUACCAUCAGGUAUAGAUUGAUAGCCUUGAUGGCCAUGAAAGUGCUUCAGAAGGACAUGGAGGAGCUGAAGUUAUCAAUGAAAGUGAUGUCUUCAAAUGUGGAAACUAUAAUGAGGCAACAGGCGAUUAUUACAGAGCUGAUGGGAGAGGUGAAGCAGCUCAAACAAUUAAACAUUGAACAAAGUAAGAAAAUUGUCAGCCUGGAAAAUAGAUUAGACAAUUUGGAGCAGUACUCAAGAAUGAGCGAUGUCAUCAUCACAGGUUUAAGGAUCAAACCACGGACCUACCAGCAGGCUGUGAAAGGCCUUGCUUCAGAGGAUAAUCCUGAACAUGAGGAGACAACAGAGGAGCAGGUAAAAACUUUCCUCCAGAGUAAAGACAUCGCCAUUGACAUUGUUAAUAUUGAGGCAUGCCACACUCUGCCAACUAAGAGUCUAAAAAGUAAGCCUGUCAUACCAUCUAUAAUUGUCCGAUUUACAAACAGGAAAAGUAAGAUAAAUCUGCUCAAACAAGGUAGAAAACUAAAAGGCACGAACGUGUACAUUAAUGAACACCUCACCAAGAAAAAUGGUGAAAUAGCUAAGAAAGCAAGAGAUCUUAAGAAAAGCGGUAAAAUACAGUCCACUUGGACUGCUGGUUGUAAGGUGUUCAUCAAACCAGUUGGGGCAGCAGAAAGUUCUCAUGGUCUCUGCAUCAGUGCCAUAGAGCAACUUAAGAGGUACGAAAAAGACUAGUAACCUGUACAUUAUUCUGCUGAACCUUAAGUUGUGGUACCUUUAGAUCAUGGAAUGUAAAAAACCUGGUGAAAUUAUCAACCCACCAUGAACCGUACUGACCAAUGCCUUUCUUUUCCAACUGAUGUGUUUAACAAAUAAGCACUGAUAACUGAAAAUGAAGAACUUGAUUUGAAAACAUUUGACUUCACUGACCAUAAGGGAUUUGACAUAGAGAACAAUAUUGAUCCUGUGAAUAACGUCUUCAUCAACUACACUCAAAGGAACAGCAAAUACUAUACUGUAGAGCAAUUUAACAAGAAUGUAACAACAAAUAGAGCAAUAUCAAUUAUACAUUUUAAUAGUAGGAGCCUGAAAGCAAACAUCUCUAAGAUCAAACAAUGUUUAAAAGAUAUGAAUAAUCCGUUUACUGUAAUUGCAAUAUCUGAAACCUGGUUAAAGGAAGAUCAGUCUGAAAAUAUUGACAUAGAGGGGUAUGAGAGUUAUACAUUAAAUAGGAAGGUAAAAAGAUGUGGAGGAGUUGCUCUAUUCGUAGAUAAAAAUUAUAAGGGUAAGAUAGUAAGAAGUAUGUCUCAAGCAAUAGAUAAUAUUAUGGAAUGUAUUACAAUUGAAAUAGAAAUGGAAUCAUCCAAAAACAUUCUGGUAAGCUGUGUAUACAGAUGUCCAGGUUCAUGUAUCGAGACAUUUAGUGAACUAUUAUCAGGAAUGUAUGAAAGGAAAAUCUAUACGAAAAUGGUGUACGUCUAUGGCGAUUAUAAUAUAGAUCUAUUGAACCCACUUCAGCUGACUCCAGUAACAGAAUUUAUUAACUUAAUGUACAGUAUGAGUCUCUACCCUGGAAUAAGCCGUCCGACUAGAAUUACAUCUCACAGUGCCACAAUAAUUGAUAAUAUAUUUACAAAUGUAAUUGAAAAGAAAGUAAAAACUGGACUGAUAAUAAAUGAUUCAAGCGACCACCUGCCAGUGUUUGCAGUUAUCCAGGACUGUACAAAGAAAAAAAAGGAUGCUAUAACUUUUAAAAUGUGUAGAAGGAACUCUGGUAAUUCAUUUAACUCAUUCAAAAAUGACCUUUUAAAACAAGACUGGAAAAAGGUAUAUGUGGGUGAUGUAAAUGAAGCCUACAACACAUUCAUGGCCAUUAUAUCCGUACUUUAUGAUAAAAACUGUCCUCCUGUAAAGAAAGCAGUUAAACUAAAUUCAGUGGAAAAAACAAGGCUGACAAAGGGAAUCUUAAGUGCUUGCAAGAAGAAAAACCUAUUAUACAAAGAUUUCUUAAAGAUAAGAACAAAGGAAGCUGAAUUAAAAUAUAAGAUCUAUAAAAACAAAUUCUUCCCAUGGGCUCACCACCUGUGGGAGGGGCCAAAGGGGUCGGGUGCAGUUCGAGCUGGGCGGCGGCCAAAGGCAGGGACCUUGGCGGUCUGAUCCCCGGCUGCAUAAGCUGGCUCUUGGGACAUGGAAUGUCACCUCUCUGGCUGGAAAGGAGCCCGAGCUGGUGUGCGAGGCAGAAAAGUUCCGACUAGAUAUAGUCGGACUUGCCUCAACGCACAGUUUGGGUUCUGGUUCAAGCCCUCUCGAGAGGGGCUGGACUCUCUUCCACUCUGGAGUUGCCCACGGUGAGAG